UUUUUUUAAUACUCGACUUUAAAUUGUAUAUUUAUCUUUAACAUUACUUGGUUCAAAAUAUUCGCAUAUGGGACAGGUCCCAUUUUAUUUACUUUAUAUCUACUACUAGACUUUUUCCUUUUUUAUGCAAGAACUUAGAAAUAUUAUUUUUGUUAUAUUUUUGUAUAAAUAAAAUUAAUUAUUCUUGUCAUUUAUAGAAGCAUGUGGAUAUUCGAAUAUCGAAAAGAGUCUUUUGGAAUCGACAAGCAAGAGAAAUAAUGUUCUUAUAAUUUAAAGCUUUUUUUUACGGUUCAUGUGAUUUUGGGUUUAUUUUUUUAAUAUUAAUUUGAAAAUUCAGUUUUAAACAAUUAAAGUAGACUUUUAAUAUUGUAAAUUGGUAAAAUAUGCUCAACUUAAAUUUUGUCAAUAAUAAAUUCAAAGGCUGUUCAGAUUUUCUUUUUUCGUAUAUAUGAGUUCCAUAAUCUAGUAAUUUAUUUUCAUACUUGUGUAAUUUUAAUUAUACUUAGUUAUGUGUUUUCCUAUUAAAAUUUAAUAUUUAGGGCUUUGGACUAAGGGACCCUAGGUUUGGAUCCUUGUCGACGUUAAGGACUUGGCACAUAACAUCGAGAGUAUGUUUGGAUUUGUUGGAUGUGCAACAGUAUGCACAAGAAUGGAUAUUCAUCUUAAUGAUGGUUCAACUAUUUGACCUUUUUUUUUUUUUUUGGGUAAAAAGUACCUUUUUUCUGACAAAAAAAACCUAUUUCCCGUUUUUUUUUUAUAUAAAUUUUUUACUGUGCUUUAUUGAUAUUGUGCAUAUCGAGGCAAUUUUGAAUGUCUCUCUAUUUUCCUUCUUGCGCAAGAAUUUUAUGAAAUUCUCCCAUUUAUUAUUACCCUAAUCUUCAAAUUUUACAUAUAGAUUUGUUAUUUGACAUCUUAAUAUGUCCAACACCACAUGAGAUUAUACCUAAUAAUUAGUUAGCGAUACCUCAUAAUACUUAUUAAAUUCAAAUAUGUUGGAUCCAGUAUUGAAUUGUACCAAUAACGAUACGCCACUUUCUUGUGUGUUGAGUGUGACGUACUGCAACAUGACACCUCCAAAGGGUCAUUUUGUAUGUAUGAGCAUGCUUUAGUGCUUGAUCAUUAGUCAAACCUUCCACCAAGUAACCUCAGGGGUAAGGGAUGACACUUUUGUAAUUAUGUAUAUGUCUCCCAUAUGUUCCUAGAAAGACUUUAUUUCCUUAGAAUGUUCCUUAGGGGGAGGUGACCUGGUGACUUAGGGAAGCACCAUGGCCAUCAGUAGAUAGGGGCUUAAGCUGUGUACUCCCUUGCCCUAUCAAUGCCAUAUAUGAAUAAAAUAAUGUUUAUCCAUGUUUUGUUGUGUAUGCUUUCUUUAUGAUCUAUGUGUUGCUUGUUUGUUACCUUGGUUGGGCCAUCGCGUGCCACUUGCCUAUAUUUUAUGCUCUAAUUGUUGUGUGGGAUGUUGUCUUUGGAUGGCUUACUUUGUGCUUGUUCAUGCUUCGUCAUUGCCCUUACAUGUGCGAGACUUGUAUCAUGGCUAACCAUUGAGUUUGUUUGCCGCAGGUGUGAGUUUUAGGCUGACUUGCUGGCUGAGGGUGCUAACAAGUGUCGCACGUUCCGUCAAUUCGAGGAGUCAAGUUGGCGGCCCGUGACAGUUGGUAUCAGAGCCAGGUUAGAGAAAGCUUGGUGACCCUGCAUGAUGGUGAGCAACACUCAAAUGAUCGAAGCGCUGGAGAGGCGCGUUGGAGAGCUAGAUGGUCUGGACGAGAGGGUCAGGGAUCUUAGCUCUGUUAGGCUGGAACCAGAUUCGGACAACACACAAAACCGCGUGGCUAUGUUAGAGUAGGACACGACCAAUCUACUAGCCCGCAUAACUGCAAUCGAGCAAAUGGAGAACCUUUCAAGUACAUCCAAUAGUCCUCAGAGGGAGGAGCGUAUUGAGGUAGUGGAACGAGCAGUGAAAGACCUACAAGAUACACUAAAUGACCUCGUAGAGAAUUGUAGGGGGUUAGUUGAGGCGUUGAAGGACGAGAUGUUGGAGAUGAACACUAAGCUGGACCUUACCAUGAGGGUAGUUGGGAAUCAGCCAGCAACUGGACCCAUCGGCAUGGAAUACGAAAGAGUAAAAGUACCUGAGCCGAGGCCCUGUGGCGGGGCUAGAGACGCAAACUUCCUCUUUGACAUGGAGCAUUACUUUAGAGCCGUGAGAGCUGGAUCAGAAGAUGGCAAGGUCGUCGUAGCAACAAUGUACUUGUCCGCGCGAUGCAAAAGUGUGGUGGAGGACGAAGUACGAUGACAUUCAGAACGGCAGAUGAACCAUAGCAACAUGGGAAGAUCUAAAGAGAGAAUUGAAGACGUAGUUUCUCCCUGAAAAUGUUGCAUACAUAGCUCGACGCCAAUUGAGAGAGCUGAAGCACACUGGAACAAUCUGAGAAUACGUGAAGAAAUUCUCUAGGUUGAUGCUUGAUAUCGAAGUGGACAAGCUCUUGGCCUUUUUGGAAGGUUUGAAGCCUUGCGCAAAGUAAGAGCUCAAGAGACAGUGAGUAGCUGACCUGGCCACUGCUCUAGCUGCUGCCGAACGACUUACUGAUUACUCAUCAGGGAACAUUCAAUCGAAGAAGACUAAUCCUUCACCUAUCGGAAGCAACGUUGGGGGUAAGAAGUUGGGAAAGUCUUGGUAAAGCAAGAGUGGGGGAGGAGAGAAGAGGAGUGUGGAGUCUAACUCUCCUAACAAAGGUAGUAGCCCCCCAUUCAAGAAGCCUCUUACAUGUUGGAUCUAUACCAGACCGCAUAAGUCAACAUAAUGUCCUCACAAAUCCAAGAUGAGUGACCUCCAGGCAUCAUUUUCCCAAGGGGAGCAAGCCAACGAAGAGGAGGAUGAAGAAUAUACGCACAUGGGUGCCCUCAGGAUGGUAAAUGCUCUCAAGAAACAUGGUGCGAAAGUAAGGAAAACCCUUGGAAAAGGAUUGAUGUAUGUGGAUGCCACUCUAAACGGUAAAAUGGCCAGAAGCGUGACGAUUGACAAGGGCGCCACUCACAACUUCAUUUUUGAGAUCGAAGCUAAACGUCUGGGAUUGAAAUGGGAGAAAGACUAUGGCCGAAUGAAAGCGGUUAACUCAGAAGCCUUAGCCACAACCGGCGUGGCUAGGAAGGAGAACAUGAAGAUUGGCUCGUGCGAGGGGUAAACUGACUCGAUGGUCGUGUGAAUGGACGACUUGUUGGGAAACUCAUAUAUGAUCUUUAUUUAUUUUCAUGUGGAUCUAAUAUUAAACAAAUUAAUAUGAGAUAACUUAGAACAUGUUUCUAAAAUUGAAUUCAAAGAGAAAUAAUGAUAAGAAUACUUACAUUAUACGCAUCGGAAUGAAUGAGUCCUUCCUUUAGUUUCUCUAACCCUUGUAUCCUUUUUGUCGCAGAGUAUUACCAAGAAACUGAACCGAUCUUCAAUUUUCUUUACAACCUUCCCAAGUAUCCUUAGAAUCACUUAGACUAGGGUGGGAAAUUCUUAAACCAUCGUUUAACUUCUUCAUCAGAAGCUAUAGAUGUUCAUAUCUAUGAUUAACACUACCACUCAAUUAUACUACCGAGUUCCCAAGAUGCAAGUAUGGGUUAGUCCACAGGGUAAGAUGGUAACGAACAAGUCAAAGAACUCAAAUAAUACAAUCAGUUAGAACACUAACCACUUAAAAUUGAGAUUGAAUUGACCUAUGGUCAUCUAUAUGAUAUGACUAGAAUAGAUAAUAACAGUAUGUUUACUUAUCCUAUCAACUGUCAAUAUAUAUCCAGUCCGAUGUAACAAAUACAUCCGAUCUUAUCUACUUUGCUAAUGUUCUGGAAAGAACAUAACACUGUGAUGUGUAAGUAGAACAUAUCGUGAUUGGCAAGUCAAUGUAAAUCAUGUGCACUGACUAAUCUUAGGACUAACUUAUCUUGAACAUAUAAUCAUAUUUAUAUUCCACUGUGAUUACGUCACUAAAAAUACGAUUAGCUAUGUUGACGCGGUUCUUCGGCAACAUAUAAUUAUAUAAAUAAGGAGAGGGAUUAGUGCUAAAUGAUGAACCGUAACAGAUGAAUGAUCUCAAAGGAAGACUAUAACACCAAUACUUUUUUUAGGUGGUUCAAAGGUUAAAAUCCUUCUAGUCCACCAGUCAAUAUUAUUGAUAUAUCUCAGAUAUUCCUUACAGGAUGUUUCUUUACAAAUUAGAAGCCAACCCUUUGCAACUCCCAGGGUUUCCAUAUUUAUAGGGAGAGGACACCUGGGUGUUGGCAAAGGAGGUCAUCCCAUGACCUUCUUACCCAUCAUGUCACUUCUGCGACAUUCAUGAUUAAUUCCUAAAACCUGACAAUGAAGUGUGGUCUAAUCAAUAGGUAAGGGGGAUAAUGGGCCGCAUGACUCAAAAUAGUCGUGGGGUGUCUGAACACGCACGUUUAUGCUGCGUUUCCGAGAAUUCAAGAAUGGAGUAGACAUGUGAUGUCUGAUAUAUGCACGUUUACAUUGCGUGGUUGACUUUAUAAAGGGUCGGAGGUGUUAACUCAAGCUCGUACCCCGAGCUUGAUGUAAUCUCAGCUCGUGGUGUCCACGCUGCUGAUCUGAUGCCUUAGUAAUCUCACUAAACCUUUGGCUAUCUCGAGCUAGAGAGGUAGAGACUCGUAACAACAGCUCCGGGAAGGUGGCUUCCACGUGGCUGAUAGAAUUAUGCCCUUUUCUAGCUCGCUAAUAACCCGUGGAUAUUUAGGGCGUACAUUUGCCCCCCAAGCCCCUGCUCGUGGCACAUGACGUCACCUGGGGCCACAGUGGGGGAUUUUAGGCUUCUUUGUGGACUCUUCAUAUCCCACCCAUUACACUGGUAUCGGAUACGUGGAGCAUCGUGGUUGGUGAUGGUCCGUCUUCCGAGAACCGCAUUAAAUGGCCUAGCCUAUCUUCGGCUGUCGUUUCAUCUUUUGAGUAGUGAUCCUCGUAUCCCACAUCAAGACAAUCGAAUGACCCUCAUCCUUUGGCCUUUUACGUAUAUAUAAGUUUGGCCACCCUUCGCAUGAGCUACCCUUUUAUUUGAAAAUUUUCUCAUCUUCUUUCUUCUUCCUUCUCAAUCUCAAAACCCUUUUCUCUCUUCCGGUCACCAUUCCCGACAUUCCUGAGUUUCAGACACGAGGGUUCUUUCGUGACUCCGGUGCCAACGAUUUUAACAGGAUUCCAACUCCGACGCUCUUUUCAGUCAUUAUGCAGCAAAAAUUUCUGUAAGUCCUCCGUUUGUUGUAUGCUUUAAACGUUUUUCCUUUUCCUUGCUUAGGUAAACUUUCUUCUUUGUCGCAUGCAGUAGGUUGUUUGUAUUUUGUUUUUCUUUGCUGGUAUUUUGUGCGUAGGCUUUUAUCCUAGGGGUAUCGAUCGUAGGAAAGAGAAUGCUUAGGAACAUGACUCAUAGGAAAAAGUUCUGGGGUGAUUUUUUGGGUAAAAUUUUUCAUGCCUGUUUGGAACAACAAGUUUCUAGGGUGCAAAAACUGGGUAGUUUAGGGGACACGCUUCACAGGUGGUUUUUCCUUUCGAAACUUUCCUUCCAAGGAAAAAUUUAUCCUGACCCUCCUGACACACGGAUCCCGAGCAAUCGGGGACCCGUUGGGAGCACAGGCGCGUGUUCAUAGAACCGCGUGGUCUCACUCGCCGCGGGCUGAGAUUACCUCAGCCCGUGUAAAGGAAACCCUUCGCGCUAGAUUCUUUCUUAUGCUUAGGUUGCCUUUUCUAAACUUUCUUCUUUGUUCGUUAGGCGACCAGAUGGCACCCAAGAAGAGCGCAUCCAAGAAAAGUGCUGGCAGCUCGUCUUCCCAGCAAGCCAGCAAAGGUAAAGAGGUGGCAACAGACUCCCCGAUCCCCAACUUUGGUCCCACCGUGAAGAAGGAGGUCGAGGUGGGGCCCGAUGACUUUUUCGAGGCCGAGAGGAUUGUCUCGAAGGUCACCACCCAGGGGAAAGUUAUCAAGAUAAUGCUGUCCCACAAUAUAGAGAUUGGGAAGGGCGCCUUGGACGCCCGGCCUCCCCUUGAGGGGGAGCGGAGCUGCGCGCCGCUCGACGAGGAGUACGCGGCCUGGAGCGAUGAACAUCUCAAGGCUGGGGCCUUUCUUCCCCUGGACCAGUAUUUCGCGGACUUCUUAAAUUACGUGAAACUGGCUCCCUUCCAGCUCCCCCCUAACUCCUAUCGUCUGUUAGCAGGGUUGAAGUAUUUGUUCCUGAAGCAGGAAUGGGAGGUCCCCAUGCCGGCGGACAUUCUUGACUUCUUUUGCCUCAAAGCCAGUCCGGAGCAACGGGGGAAAGGUGACGAGUUCUACUACUUGACCUGUUUUCCCAAUUUGGCUGCGAUCAUCGAGCUGCCCAGCCACCCCAAUGACUUCAAGGAUCAAUUCUUCAUGUCAAAGGGGUUUCGCAACUACGAAUACCAUUAUUUCAACCGUCCUCGUAAGUCCCUUCUAACUUUAGCUCGCUAGCUUGUCGCUGAUUAGUCUCUUUCCAUUCGUUGCUGACUUAAAAACUAUCAUGCAGCUAUUUUCGCGAGGACGGCUAAGUCAGUGACCCUUGGGGGUCAAUACGAAACCUUGGCGGGGCUCCCCCCAAGUGAAAAAUAUUACCGCCAUCUCGUGUCUGAUGAGACGAUGCUGGCGUGUAAGUUAAUUUCCCCAGGCCAGACUCUGGCCUUGAGGGGACCACAGACCAUCCCCGCUGCUCACGAGAUGGCGCCCAUCCCCGAGGAGGAGGCCGCGGACGAGGACGAGGACGAGGAGGACGAGGUGCCCCUCGUGCACCAGAAGCGGGCUCUGGAGGUCGCCCAGGAAGUCAAUGCAGAGAGGACCUAGUCCGGGGCAGUAGCCGGCCCCUCCGGCCAAGGUAACCCUUAUUUAUUUAGGGACUUAGACAGGGCCACUGUAGACCUACGACUUGCUAGGUUUAACCCCGGCCAACUCGUUCACCACCACCAAAACGACCCAGACUGCGACAUCACCCUACUCCAAUGUGUUGACCAGCUUGUGCUGUGUCAUGACAUGAGUCGCCCUAGGGGUACCGUAGUAGUAGAUAAUACCCUGGCCUUUAGGUCGGCCUUCUUUGAGGAGUACGGAAGCAAUCUUAGAUUCUGGUCCUCCCUCCUGGAGGGCGUAGUAGCUCCGGGUCUUAGGCAGUAUGUAGAGGAGUCCAGUCCUGAGGUUGACUGGAGCCAGAGCCUCCUCUCACCCGCGAAGUCAUUAUCUUAGACUCCCCCGUAGAAGCUUCGGGGCCAGAGGUCGUGACAAUAGAUUCCUCCUCUAGCUCGGAGGGUAAGACCCUUUUCAAUACAUACUUAAGCUCUGCUUUCUCUUUUUUUUUUUUGCACAAAUAUUUUUACAUGCAUAUUAAUGCUUUGCUGUCUUCGUUUCAAAUGAGGAGAUGUCGCAGUCCGGGGACAACGUUCUGCGGUCUAUGUUCCAGGGAGGAAACCCCUCCUCCGGGCCUUUGGUGAAGAGGCUCCGGCUGGCCAAGAAGACCACUAGGACUUCUUCCAAGUCUCCUGCCAAGGGGAAAAACCAAGGCCCUUCUGCCAUAGAGAAAGUGCCUCCACCUCCUCCUGCAAUGGAGAAGAUGGCUCCACCUCCACCGCGACCUCCUGUCCCUACUAGGGAACAGGAGGUGCCCACUGGGACCUUGUCAGCUCCGACCCCCGGUGUGCGCGUCUUGGUUAACCCCCAGGCCUUGGAGAAAGUCCCCGAGGUCUUUAGGGGGACGGUCUACGAAACCGCGACCUACAUGGUGGACCACUGCUACAAUGCCACCCCGAGAGAUUUGCUAGAGAUCGAGACAAGGAGCCCCGAGAACGUGAUGGAGUCUUCAUUGGGGAUGACCCUCACAGUGGCUUUGGCCCUCCACCGGAGCAUAUCUCGAUCCAGGGCCAGGAUCGAGGAGAUCAGGGGCGAGCACCAGGCUGCUCAGGUUGCCCUUGCGUCUGCUCAACAACAGGAGCGGGAUGCCAAGGCGGCCCUGGAAGCUGCCCGAGAAAAUGAGAGGGUCGCCCAGGCCGCUUCGGUUGCUGCGCAGACCGAGCUGGAGGCAUCUCGGGCCAAGCUGCAGGAGGCCGAGGCCACCAGGGUCGCCCUAGACACCGUGAAGAUCGAGGUCGAGGAGGCCAAGGAUGCCCGGGCCACCCUAGACGCCGCGAAGGUCGAGGUCGAGGAGGCCAAGGCUGCUCUGGUGGCGGAGAAGGAAGCUUCCAGCUCCUCCAUGGAGGCCAUGCUGUACCACUGCUGGGCCUUCAACCAAGAUGGUGACUUUUCCUUCUUGGGGCCGGACGUGUGGGGGUCCUUUGUGGAGAAGUUUAAAGCUCGCCUUCAACAAGAGGCGCCCUCCGAGAUCGGGGAGACUUUCACUACCACCGAGCAGGAUGGCAAGGGGGUGACUUCAUCAGAGCGGCCUGGCGGGGCUUAGGAUUUUUCUCCUUUCCUUUUAUCAUUUACUUUUUUUUUUGUAAUUUUUCAUCAUGAGGUUUUUAUCCUCGAAACAAUUGGUAUCCCCAACUUUAUUUCAAUUUAUUUACAUAUUUUUGCCCCGACCUUAUGGUUACUUCUCUUCAA